AUGGCUUCGUUUUGUUGGAUUCUUCUUGAAGCAACCAUGUUAUAUCUAAAACUUAUCUCCGUGUAUGGUGGAGAAUUUGUUAGAAUGAGAAAUUUUUAUGCGUUCGGCUGGGGUAGGUGGAAUACGUAUGAAUUCUUAUUACUACCAUGCAAUUAAAGUAAAAGAUAUUCAAAAACUUGCUUAUUCAUAAAGGAAUUCCGUUUAUAACACUGAAAUGUUAGUUAGGGUGAGGCUGCAUGUUUUGUUGUAUUCUGGUUGAUGUUAUCCAUGUUGAUUACUAACAAUUGAUUAAUUGUUCAUUAUAAGCCUGUCUGUUUUAAUCAGGAUUUCCUUUGGUAUACGUUGGUUUAUCUUCUGGUUUGAAGAUUGAUGCUUAUGGUACAGAUAAGUGGUAUGUAUUAUAUCACAAUGGCCACCACUUGACCUGUGUGUUUCUGUUUAUCUCCUGGUUUUCUGUUUCUUACUUCCUUUUUCUCUAUUUUCUUUCAUCGGCUUGUUUUCCUAGUCGUCUUUGUGUUCCCCCCCGUCGUCUCUUAGCAAUUUUUAAAUUAUAUUCUGUCAGUUUUAGUUAUCUUUAUAUAUUUUAUUAUCUUUCCUCUCGCCAUCUUUUCCUUCCUCAUGAUCGUUUUUGCUGUUGACAUUGUACUGUUCUUUGCACCAUCUUCUUUGUCUGAAUGAAUUGAAUGAAUUGAAUGAAUGCAUCAUUAUCUUCAUUAUAAUUUUUUUGUGGUCUUCCGCAUCUUUUUCUUCAUUGUCUUCAUCGUGAUAGUAAUUAUUUUUAUUAUUUUUGUCUUUGACUUUUUAGGUGCUGGCUGUCUUACGAAGAAGGAUUCGUUUGGGUGUUUUUCGCACCAGUAAUUAUAGUAACAUCGGUAAGGUCUAUCAAACGAUAAUGAAGAAAACACCGUUUAAGGCCAUUAUGCGGCACAUUUUAUAAUAACACUAUGAUUAUGUUAAGAUCCGUCAUUUUUCAAUAUAGUGAACAACACAAAGAAUAAUUUUAGCUUUAACGUAACGUAACGUAACAUAUGAAAUAUCUUAUUGUAGUUUUAUAGUAUCAUGAAAAAACCUUCAAAUAAAGCCAUUAAGUUGGAGCCCUAUGAAAACCUAGUAUAGCAAGUUGGAAUUUUAAACAGCAACGUUGAUCUGUUUCUGUAUCUGAUAUUGACAAAAUCGGUACAAUCUUGUGUGGUCAUUUAAUCAAAAGAAUGAGCUUUUACUCUUUUGCCCUUGACGAACUAUUGACGAACAUACGAAGAAUGAUGCAGGAAAUAUGAUAAAGUUUGUUACUCUAAACUUAACAAACUUUGGAUCACUCGUGCUUGAAAUAAAUUCGUUGUUUUUCAGGUAACUCUUGUUGCUUUAGUUGCUGUGGCUCGUGUUCUUAUUCGUGCUGCCAAGACACAAACAAAUAACAAGAAAUACAUUGUGUUAGUUAAUUUCAUUGAUUUCUUCACGAUAAAAUUCGUAGUAAAUAUUAGCAAGAAUGAAGAAAAUGUCAAAUAAUUUUUUACUGGUUUCCUAACAAAUGUUGGCACCAAUUAAUACUAUUUAAAACACGAACAUGACUGCUACACGAGCCGACAUCCGAGUGCCUUGUACCUGAUAAAGCACGAACUCCGAGCAGGGUGCGAUAAUUCAAGAUUUUUAGUCGUAGCUUACUGGUAUUCCAAUGAUUAUUGCUUCGUACUUGAGCUGAUACAAACAUGAGACUCGAGGUGUACUUAGUCUUUCAAAUGAAGUACAUAAAGUACAGGGUUCUGAAAGGUAUUCAGUAAUUUGGAACUACGAGUUAGAACGGGGAGGACAACGAUGGCAUACACAAACACCAGGAUCAACUCCAACAUUCCAUCAUCCCAUCAGUCCAACAAUUCUUCAUUUAACGACAUGUCAGACGUACCUAUAUACCGACUUUUAAGUACGACAACGUUUAAACGUUUUUGACUUUCAACUAACAUUACGAUUUUUAAUACCUUUGGCUUGGUAAGGUCAUAUGGUACCAGCAAAAUGUAAGUACACAGACAGCGACAAGUAGUAAAAGACCCCCGUCUGGCGUCGGAAGUAAUUAGUAUGCAAACUUAGGUGCCGGAAGUAAUUAGGAUGCAAAAUAUAUGCCGUCACUUGGCUAGGCAAGCCUGGGCCAAAUGUGACAGGUAGCGCGACCAAACACAACAAGGUAACGCGACCAAUUCUUUGCGGGCAUAAAUUUACAUAAAAAUUUAGAUUUAAAACGUAUUUAUUUCUUCAAAACUUUUUACAAAUUUAUGCUUCUAAUAUAUAUCGUCACUUGUUUGAGAAGUUUCGCUAUCCUAUUCGUCGUCAUGCUGCUUUCAUCAUCGUGGUUGCUUUUAUUUUCUGUAAUCCAUUUGGUUCGUCUUGGGAUAGCUAUAUGAGAACACAGUUUUAGCAUAUUUGUAGUUGAUAAAUUACUGCGUUGGCCUUGUCCUGUAUUAUCCACGCUCUUUGCAGAUUUUGUAUUCGAUUUUAUUCUCUUCCUGGUGGAUUUUGGGUGUCAGAUGGGUAUUUUCUUUAUUCCGCUUUUAUUCCACUUUGACUGCUUUUACUGUUCCUCAUUAAUCUGUACAACUCUGCUAAAACAUUUUCUAAUUGUAAAGCUGUUGGCUUAGCACGAAUAAAAUAAGGUUGUCUUUCUUCGGAAGAAAGUUCAUGGACGUCUGGCAACUGGUUUGCCAAUCUUUUUAAAGUUCGCUUGCCACAGAUGGGGCAAACUUUACACUUCCGAGUCAUAAUGUGUCAAAUGAUAAAUGUCAACUGAUUUCCUAACAUUAAAUAGUUGUGGCCACAAAGCCCUUUUUGAAGGUAUGUCGGGACUUGGGAGAGAGGAAGAGAAAUGGGUUAGGAUAAAAAGCUACCACACAGGAUCGUAUUUUAUUUUACAUGUAUAAACCAAACACAAACAACCAUUAAGAGUCAAUGUCAUUAGGAGACCAUGUGUUUCUGAAAAGUCUUUUCAAAAGAAAUUUUCUCUUGUCAAUAGCGGCCUCUAACGCUUCCCUGUGGUCGAAAUUAUCAUCGUUGACAAAGAUAUCCCUGGUUUCCAUAAUCUUUUUGUGAACUGGAUCCCUCUUUAGUUGUCUUAUGCAAAGUAAACGUUCCAGAUAAAUAUUCUGCAAAUCUUUACCUAGUUUUGGUAGGAUAAGUAAGUAUGCCUUGUCUUUAGCUUCGUUUUCGUCAAAACAUUCUGCGGUGAAAUUCUGCGUUCUUCGAAUUCCGAUAAACUUUGUUGGGUUGCUUCAACUUUUAAAGGAGCCCAUGAAUCGCUUUCGUAUUCAUCACCUACUUCACUAUUAGUAUCAUCUGCAUUAUCAGAAUGACUUUCUGACGUAGAAUCAGUUUCCACUUCGUUGUCAGUGUUAUACGAAUUCUCAACAUCACUCUCUGAUGUAGCACUAUCGGAGUCUGCAGCCGUUCUCAUUCUUUUCAUCUUUACACUGAAAUCUGUAGUAGGUUUCCAACAGUACUGUAUUUCCUUCGUAUAUUGUUAGGUUGAAACAACUCCAGCCACAACCAACCGGCGAAUGAUCAAUUUUCUGAACAACAUUACAUUUUAUGAAAUGACCCUAAGGGCCUUUUCUGUGGACGUGUGGCCCGAUUGGUGGAUGACAGGGGUACUGCCUCCCCAACAAGAGGAUUCUAGAGAAUCCGGCCACAAGGCCUUAAAAAAGUCGCUUAGAGCCAGUGCGAAAAGUGGCCCUCAGGGCCUUUUCUGUGGCCUUGGGGACCGAUUGAUGGAUGGCAGGGGUACCACCUUCCCACCGAGAGGAUUCUAGAGAAUCGGGCCACAAUGCCUUAGAAAAGGCCCUUAGAGCCCUUCUCGCACUGGCCCUAAGGGCCUUUUCUAAGGCCUUGUGGCCCGAUUCUCUAGAAUCCUCUUGGUGGAGAGGCGGUACCCCUGUCAUCCAUCAAUCGGCCUAUUAACUGUGAUCAGAGAGUGAUGUUGAGAAUUCGUUUAAAACUGACAACGAAGUGGAAACUGAUUCUGCGUCAGAAAGUCAUUCUGAUAAUGCAGAUGAUACUAGUAGUGAAGUAGGUGAUGAAUACGAAAGCGAUCCAUGGGCUCCUUUAAAAGUUGAAGCAGCCCAACAAAGUUUAUCGGAAUUCGAAGAACUAACGCAAAAUUUCACCACAGAAGAUUUUGACGAAAACGAAGCUAAAGACAAGGCAUACUUAUCCUACCAAAACUUCGUAAAGAUUUGCAGAAUCUUUAUCUGGAACGUUUACUUUGGAUAAGACAACUAAAGAGGGAUCCAGUAAACAAAAAGAUUAUAUAUGGAAACCAGGGAUGUCUUUGUCAGCGAUGCUAAUUUCGACCACAGGGAAGCGUUAGAGGCCGCUAUUAACAAGAGAAAAUUUCUUUUGAAAAGACUUUAAGAAACACAUGUUCUCCUAAUGACAUUGACUCUUAAUGGUUGUUUGUCUUUGGUUUAUACAUAGAAAAUAAAAUACGAUCCUGUGUGGUAGCUUUUUUCCCUAACCCAUUUCUCUACCUCUCUCCCAAGUCCUGGCAUACCUUCAAAAAAGGGCUUUGUGGCCACGCCUAUUUAAUGUUAGGAAAUCAGUUGACAUUUAUCAUUUGACAUUAUGCCUCGGAAGUGUAACGUUUGCCCCAUCUGUGGCAAGCGAGCUUUAAAAAGAUUUGCAAACCAUUUGGCAGACGUCCAUGAACUUUCUUCCGAAGAAAGACAACCUUAUCUUAUUGGUGCUAAGCCAACAGCUUUAGGCUUAGAAAAUGUUUUGGUAGAGGUGUACAGAUUAAUUGGGAAGAGUAAAAAGCAGUCAAAGUGGAAUAAAAACGGAAUAAAGAAUAUAUCCAUCCGUCACCCAAAAUCCUCCAGGAAGAGAAUAAAAUCGAAUACAAAAUCUGCAAAGAACGUGGACAAUACAGGACAAGGCCAAGGCAGUAAUCUAUCAACUACAAAGAUGCUAAAACUGUGUUCUCAUAUCGCAGUCCCAAGACGUACCAAAUGGAUUACGGAAGAUGAAAGCAACCACGAUGAUGAAAGUAGCCACGACGACGAAUUAAUUGGAUAGCGAAACUUCUCAAACAAGUGACGAUAUAUAUUAGAAGCAUAAAUUUGUAAAACGUUUGUGUAAAUUUUUGUGUAAAUUUUUGCCCGCAAAAUUUUUUGCCCAGGCUUGCCCAGCAAAGUGACGUCAUAUAUUUUGCAUACUAAUUACUUCCGGCACCUAAGUUUGCAUACUAAUUACUUCCGCCGCCAGACGGAGUCUUUUACUACUGCGACAGUUCGGCGUACCUAUGUGGAACUUGGUUAAAAACCAAAGACGUACCAGACCGUAAUAUUGGCGCACCCCCGUUAGGUAAGUACACGAAUUAUCGCACCCUGCCUGGGCGAGUGUUUUAAAUGGCUUAAAAAACGAGCCAUCUUGUAACAUUGGCGAAGUAAUUUUAAAAAUCAACAUUGUCUAAGCCGAGAAAAUCGAAGAUAAAUAAAGCUUAUGUAAAUUAACAUGAUCACAUAAUAUAGAUUAUAAAAAAAUAUAUACAUUUUAUCUCAUAUAAAACCACCGACAAUGUAAUAUUAGAUUUUGUUUGUAUUUUCCUCAUGAGUUAUUAACGAGUUUUUGAAUAAUGUAUAUAUAGUGAAUGUCAAAUUUAUUUUGACGAUAUUGACUGCAUGAUAUUAUAUUGACAAUGUAAUGUAUAUUUACAAGACUCGCAACUGCUUUGGUUUAAAUUAAUAAUCUGAUCGAAGCACUACAAUCUGUUCAUAUUCACGAAUCUGUCUAAAACUUACUUUGAUUAUUUUUAGUUCUGCUGCGCGGGGUAUUAUCAUUUUAUAUCCAACACUUGGGCUAUC